AUGCCCAGCCACCAGACCGUUUCUCCCGAACAAAGAACGUCAAGGCUACAGUCGUACCGAUCCGAUACCCGAGAAAACUCACAUCUGAACGACAAGAUUCCAGUGACCAUCGAGAAUGAGAACGGGGAUCAUGCGCCGCUGAAUUUGUUCAAUGCGUCGUCUGGACCAGAGGCGCGUGACGCAAUGGCGAGCGACAAAAGCUCAAAGCCACCAGCGGGGCGAAGAACCGACUCUUCGUCGAAAACGCCGCAAAUAAGCACAAGUCGAAGCAGCAGUGGUGGUCUGACCAGUCCGAGCAGGCGGACGUUCAAAAUUCAUGGUGACACUGAACCUGAAUACGUCAUAAACGACCAAGCGCGAGGCAUGGCGCCCUCCCAAAAGCAACUCAAUGAAUAUCGCGAGAGGCUAGCACGCGACCUGGAGCGUCGAGAGACGUCUUCUCGACCGUUUUUCUUGAAUUCCUCUGAUAAAAGAGUGUCUCCUAUCCCCGAAGAGGCCUUGUCAGGCCUGGCAAUACCGAUGGCUCUCAACACAACCGCCACGAACGCUUCUACUGAAUCUGGCAAUACGGUCCGUGGAGGGAUGACACCAGCAAAUGUAGCAAGCACGCCUUCCUACCCAUUUCCUCGCAUGGCGUCGGGAGGCCUUGGCUACAGAGGGUUUACUUCAGCCUCAGGAGGCAAUUAUCGACCUUCGCAUGUGGCAUCGUUCGAGCCAUCUUCAGGAGCCUUGGACCGAGUCUUAUCCAACUUGUCAACACCGGCAUCAACAUUUGCCUUCAACCCAGCAGGUGCUUCGCCGCAGGCCGAGAACCUCGAAUACCCCAAUCCGAAUCUGUAUGAGCUAUCGUUGAUGUUGUCCGCGGAGCCAGGGCUGGAUGCCUGGUGGAAUACUGUUGUACAGAUCAUGAGAGAUGUAUACUUGGCUGAAAGGGUGACAUUGUCUAUUCCAGCUGAUUCAACAGAUAUUGAGAAUGUACCAUGGGGUCAGAAGGCAACUUACAAUGAGCAUUCUGAAGACGAGCUUAGCUUGGGCUAUAUGGCGAAGAGUGGGGGAAGUGGCGUGCCCAUGAGCGAGCAAGGAACGCCCUUGAGCGCUUUCACACAAGAAGAUCCACUCAAGCCGGGAGCCCUCUCGAGACCUGGGCUGGCCAGUCGUCACUCGUAUACAUCCUACGAAGAUAACAGGGCAAAGUCUCGCGACCAGACCUCAACUGCAUCUUCACAUCGCCCCUCAUAUCUAUCACGCAGCAGGAGCUAUUUGCCCAGAGUGCAGGCCGAAGAUACACAGGAGGAGUCGCAUCUCAGCGAAGGUGCUUUGGAGGAGCAUGACCUCCGAGAGGAGGGACAUGAGCACAGCAUUCCCACGUGGGAAGUUCCCUUCGUGACGCCGAACAACAGUCGAGGUCGCGUUCUACCAGUGCUGCAAGCGCUCAAUUACGAGGCUGAUCCCCUGAUUGACCAUGCUGGCAUUUUGCGAGUGAUUGAACGGGGCAAAGCAGUCACGCUUACCAGAAGUUAUCCUUAUCUCGACAACACAGCGUCGCCGGAUUCCGCAAAACCUGCGAAACCAGAAGUCACCAAGAAGCCUGCUACCAAAAAGCCUGAUCCGACCACGAAGCGCUCUGCCAUCUUUGGCACCUCGAUGCCGUCCCAGGAUCCUGCCCGGGGCAAAGUUGGCUCUGGGGAUCAAGCGCAUGGCUUGAAAGGCCGGGUAGACGACGACGAACCACGGCCACCUACGCCCAAGUACGAAGAGUACGAGCAGGCGCCGCCGUCUCCAUGGUCACAAUCACCUGCUCCCUCGCCAGCCAUUCGGUCCGAUCCCCAGGACAACCCCUUUUUCACGGAUGCAACAGUCGAUGAAGACAGCUUCAACCCUGGUGCCUCACCAGCUGUUUACACAGGACUGCCCCCGCAAGAGGCCAUUGGUGUUGACAAUUCCUGGACAGUCAUGCACAUACCGCUAACUCACCUGGUGCUGUCCAAGACCAGCCGCGCAUUUCGACUCAAUACUGCAGCUAUCGAUCAAACGAUGCAGGCGCUCAACCAAGACGAAUCCAAGGGUGGAUCGGGUGAACCGUCAAGUCCAGUGAGGGCCAAUCCUGCCCCAAUCGCGAUUCUCUCUAUUCUCAGCCCCGUAAUCCCGUACCCUUCGAACUUGCGCCACUCUCUGGAGCACCUAGCUCCGCAUAUGGCAACCUCAUUUUCUCUGUGCAGGCACUUCGAGAAUCUGGAGACGGAAAUUGCAGGCCUUCAUCGCCGAAGGCCAUCGACAACUGGCUUCGGCGCUGUAGCUCCAGAUGGUCGGCCCCUGGCCACCACACCAUAUCCAAACGCCCCCGAUCUAGGCCGUCAUACUUCCCAUACAGGCACUACUAUGACAAGUCCAAGUGAGUACUCUGGCGUCUCCAAGAGCAUGACAGGCUCUCCUGCUGGUACACCGGGCUGGGACUCUGGAUCUCUCGGGAGCAUCAUCGAUAGAAGGCAACCAGUCGCCAGCCCGUCAGCUCUUGCUCAUAUGGGGGAGAGCUACUUCAGUAGCAAACAACGACCAUCGACUUCCCGCCACGAGACAUAUGGAAGUGGACCAGGUAGUCGCAGCGGGCCCAAAGAAGGCUCGCCCACCGAGAAGCGACCGCAAUCCCGACUUUCGGCAGCCAAAACUCUCGAUGCCGCCAGUAACGCAACCGAGCCUAGCAACAGGAGUACUACAGACAUGGAAGAAGCCUUGGCGGCAGCUGCCGCUCAUCGUUCGUCCAAGAGUACUCGGGGAAGUGGCUCUUUUGGAGCGGAAGAUGUGGCGGAGGACAUUCGCAGCAAAGUAGCCGACGCCGGAUGUUCUGACAGCAGCCAAGCACACAGCAGGCAUUCAAUGCUGCAUACUUACGGCGCGGACUUUUCCUCAACCUUUCAGUCUUUGCCGCCGAGCUCGAGCCUCGUCAGCAGGCCUGCACCCCCGAGCGGCAACCCUGCGCGAACAAUGUCAUUCGCCCCUGGCGCUGCUGACAUGCCGCCGCCGUCAGACAGACUCAAGGGACUCAUGCUCGAUGCACUUCCCGCUCAUGUUUUCGUCGCGCUGCCGCAAACUGGCGAAAUUGUCUGGGUCAACAGCAGGUACCUCUCUUAUCGCGGCCAAACAGUGGCCGACUUGGCAGAGGAUCCAUGGGGCAGCAUACACCCAGACGAUUGCGACGAAUAUCUGAAGGCAUGGGGCCACUCCCUGAGAACGGGGGAGCAAUUUUCCAGGACGGUGCGCAUCAAACGGUUUGAUGGCCAGUACCGGUGGUUCUACGCCAGAGCUGUAGCCUCAAAGGAUAAACGUGGAGUUAUUAUGCAGUUCCUUGGGUCUUAUAUGGACAUCCACGACCAACACAUAGCCGAGUUGAGGGCGGCUCGGCAAGAAGAGAUUGAAGCCUCCGAGGCCAAACACCGGCUUCUGGCUAAUCUUAUUCCCCAGAUCAUCUUCACGGCGACGGAGGAGGACGGUGUUACUUUCGCCAACGAGCAGUGGCUUUCAUACACAGGCCAGAGCUUUGAUGAUGCACUGGGUCUAGGCUUCCUUGACUACGUACAUCCCGAGGACUUGGCCAAAUGCCGUAUCCCCACGGACGCGCCUCCCACACCACUAGGGCCCAGAUCGAGUAGGAAGGCCCAGGAUACACCGACGUCAGAAGCCCCAUCAACAGCCACGCUCCUCCCUGGGAAACAAGCAAGGACACCCGAUGCCUCGCUUCGCGGCGUACACAAGGCGCUUUCCCGUCACAACAGCUCUGGCAAUUCUUCAGUCUAUGAGCUGCCGUCGGCAGACCUGAGCGAGCUAGCCAGGAAGGGCAUCAUCAAGGUCGGCACCGAUAGUAACGGGCGCCUCUCCUACACGACCGAAGUUCGCCUCCGCUCCAAGAAUGGAGAGUAUCGAUGGCAUCUCAUCCGCUGUGUAGAGAUCGACACCAUCGAUUUCGGCAGCGGCGCCAGCUCCUAUUUUGGUUCCGCUACUGAUAUUAAUGAUCACAAAAUCCUUGAAACGAAGCUGAAAGAGGCGAUGGAAUCCAAGGGUCGGUUCCUCAGUAACAUGUCGCACGAGAUCCGGACGCCUCUUAUUGGCAUUUCUGGCAUGGUAAGCUUUCUGCAAGACACCAUCUUGAGCGAGGAGCAACGCGAUUACACCAACACCAUUCAAACCAGCGCCAACAGCCUGAUCAUGAUCAUCAACGACAUACUGGAUCUUUCAAAGGUAGAUGCGGGUAUGAUGAAGCUCAAGUUUGAGUGGUUCCACACACGCUCGCUCAUCGAGGAUGUAAAUGAGCUCGUUUCGACCAUGGCGAUUGCCAAGGGCCUCGAGCUCAACUACCUCGUAGAGAGCGAUGUGCCCGCGUGGGUCAAGGGCGACAAGGUGCGCAUUCGCCAAGUGCUGCUCAACGUCAUCGGUAAUGCCAUCAAAUUCACCACACAAGGCGAGGUAUUCAGUCGUUGCCGGGUGUACAUUGAAGAGGAUGGCCAUAGCGGUGACCACGAGAUCAUGCUGGAAUACUCGAUUAUCGAUACCGGACAGGGUUUCACGAAGCAAGAGGCCGAGUUGAUCUUCAAGCCUUUCAGUCAAAUUGAUGGCAGCAGCACGAGACAGCAUGGCGGCAGUGGCCUUGGUCUGGUCAUUUCCAAGCAACUGGUCGAGCUGCAUGGGGGCCAGAUGAGUGGGACAGCUGAACCAGGAAAGGGAUCCAAGUUUGUGUUCACAGCACGAUUUACGCUACCUACUGCUGAGGAUCACCCCGACCUGCCAGGAAGUCCAGUCUCAACAAUGUACUCUGCUACGUCACGACAGCCUUCCACGGAGAGCAUUCCAGGCAACUUCCAGCCACUGCCACCGCCAAAACAGUUGCGCAACGUCGAGGGGUCUCCUUUGGCAGCUUCGGAGCAUGAAUCAUCUCCCGUAGUGGGGUCGAAUGGAAGCUCCAACCCGUCUGUUCUGUCGGGGAGAUCGCAUGCCACGGACAAGUCUUCAAUCACAACGGUCAACACUGGCCUCGCCCGCUUCAGCGAGGCUGCCAAGGCCAGUGGUCAGGACCUCUCCCAGAUGAAGCUCGAAAUGCCUUCUGGAAGGAGUUCGCCGGGCCGCACACCCACACCGGCGCAUGCAGAUCACUCGUCACCGGAGGAGUUUCGUCCACCAAUGUACUCGAUCCUCCUCAUCUGUCCUCAAAAGUUCAGUCGCGAGGCCACCACGCAGCACAUCGAGACGACAUUGCCUUCUGAUGUGCCCCACCAAAUCACAGCUCUUGGGAGCGUCGAAGAGGCCCAGGAGCUCAUUGGUGGACACGAUCCCAUCAAGUUUACCCAUAUUGUCAUCAAUCUGGGCUCAGCCGAGGCCGUACUGGAUCUGAUGGAUCAACUGUUCAAGACGCAGAAGGCCGACAAGACAACAAUAUUGGUGCUGUCUGAUUCGGUCCAGCGACAGGCUGUGCUGAAGCUCGCCAGCAGUGAGACUCACAAGAAGCUGCUCGCGGACAAUCAGAUAUCCUUCAUCUACAAGCCAGUCAAGCCCUCGCGCUUUGCCGUGAUCUUCGACCCGGACAAGGUCCGGGACUUGAGCAUUGACCGCAACCGGUCGACCGCGCAACAGAUGGUGGAGACACAAAAAGCCAGCUACCUGGAGAUCGAGAAGCGGAUGGGGAAUAAGGGGUACAAGGUGCUUCUAGUGGAAGACAAUCCAGUCAAUCAGAAGGUGCUCAUGAAGUACCUGAACAAGAUUGGUGUAGACGUUGAGGUUGCUGUCGAUGGCGCCGAAUGCACCGACAAGGUCUUGUCCAAGCCUCACCAGUAUUACUCGCUGAUCUUGUACCAGUGUGAUCUCCAUAUGCCGCGCAAGGAUGGCUACCAAGCCUGCCGCGAAAUCCGACACUGGGAGAGAUCAGCCAAGUUCCCGAACAUGCCCAUUAUCGCCUUGUCAGCCAAUGUCAUGUCGGAUGUGCAAGACAAGUGUGCCGCGGCAGGGUUCAGCGACUACGUCACGAAGCCUGUUGAUUUCAUCGAUCUCAGCAGGGCCAUGGCCAAGUUCUUUUGA